AUGAUGGAGGUUACUGAAGUUGGAAUAGAUUCUGCGGUUAAGGUAGAUGAAGAACAUUGUGUUGUGAAGAAGAUUGUAGAAGAAAGUGCGGAAACAAGUCCGAUACAAGACUAUUCAGAGUAUUCAGUGAAUCCUCAGAGUUCGAUUGAAGGAGGUGAAGAGAAUAAUUGUUCAGAGAAGUUCCAAGAUGGGAUGGAAGUGCAGAGAGCAGAGCAGCCUGAUGGUGAUGUAAAAGAGUGUGUGGGUGUUGAAAGGAGAGAUGAUAACAAGUGGAACAGAGAACUAUUGGAGAGGUUGGUGGAGGACAAUGAGAAGAUGGUGAGCCUGAUGGCGCAGCUGUUUGAGAAGAAUGAAAUGCAGACUCAAAUGCUGAACUCGUUGACGCAUAGGGUUGACCAGUUGGAGAAGGCAUUCAUGUGUGACAGGAUGAGGAGGAGGAAAAAGAGGCAUACUGGCUGA